AUGGAAAUGCGAUUAACUUCUCUUGAAUCUAAGGGGAAUGAAAAUAUGAAUCGUGGUGACUACAUGGACUUUGAGCCAUGGGAGCGAAUGAAUUGUGAUAGAGAAGAAGAGAAAGCAAGAGAGGAAGAAAAGGAAGUUGUGGAAGAAAAAGAAGCAGAAAAAUCAGUGGUUGAAGAGGAACAAGCUGAUAAAGAUGUUGUUGAAGAUGAGGAGCAUGCUCAAGGAGCUGUGGGAGAAGAGGAACAAGACAAAACUGAUGAAGAAGCUGACAAAACAGAGCAAGAAGUUGUGUUAGAAGACGAAAAAACUGGGAAAGAAGGUAAGAAAACAGAGGCAGAAGCUGUAGAAGAAGGGGAAAACUCUGAAGAAGCUGAGAAAACCAAGCAUAAAAAUGUGAAGAUAGAGGAAGACACUGAAGAAGAGGAAAAAGUUGAGGAAGAAGAAGUUAAGAAAGUUGUUGAAAAUAAGGCCAGUGAGGAGAAGACAGUUGGAAUCAAUGAGGAGAAGACAGAUGGGAUAAAUGAGGAGAAGAGGGAUAUGACCAAGGAAGAAGCGAGGCUUGGGAUCUACCUUAGGUGCAAGAAGAAAAUGAUGAUUUUUGACAAACCGAGAAAGGUUACAACUAAGAAGAGGACCAAACUGAGUAAGACAUAUACUGAUGGUACACCUAAGAAGUGGGACAUACAAAGGAAGAGUAAUGCUACUAUGAGUGCUUGUACACCAAGGGAGAAGAGGAAAUGUGAAAAAUCACAGUGGCUGCAGAGUUCUCUCACGGAGGGGAAGACCGAUGACAUUGACGGGCAGAAGAAGAAGCGUAAAACAAAUGCUUAG